UCAGUAUCGUACUGUACUGUACACAUGACAUAUGUGCUCUCUACUCUCAUACGUAUUCACCCAUCACAUUCUUACUCGUAAUUGGUAGGAGGAGAGGUAUCGUACGAUAAUCGGCAAGUGCGUAUCCCUUUCGUAGUUUCAGUUCGAUACAAAAGCAGGAUCUCRUCUGUCGCUCUGGGAAAUCCAAGAGCAAGAAAAUACAAUCAACAUAGCUAGUCCUUGUACCCCACCUUUACCACCAUUUCUAUUACACCGCAACGUAGCUCGAUAAUUAUUCUGCAGCAUAAUAUUGGCGGCAACAAUGAUCGCUCUUCGAUGGCAUUCCCUCCUCUUCCUCUUUUCCUUCCUGCUGGCGACGUUUCCAGACCGCGCCAGUGGUGAACGAUCUCCAGAGGAUUUUUUGAUCCUCGGUAACAAGGAACUCUCCAUGGACGUUUACGGAAAGGCAAUCGAAUUCUACGAAAGCGGUAUCGCUGCCGUCGRGAAAGACCCAGACGCAGCCUCGCUGGUGACCUUGGUAUCCCUCGAGACAAACCUUGCAACCGCGUAUUCCACGAUCGGAGGACAAGACGAACAAGCUCUCACGCACUACGAGCGAGCUAUUUCGGCAUAUGUUUCAAAGCACGAAGUCAUGGAGGACAAGAAAGAUGCCAUAGAGGCCAAGUCGAUCGUGUCACAGACGGCUUUCUUUUAUGCCAUGGAACUCCAAGAAAGAGAUGCAUCGAAAGCUGUGGAAAUGUAUGGGCAGGCCGUCGUUUUGGAUCCAAAUCUGUGGGCUGCAUGGGCCAAUUUAGGUGCGUUGGCGAUGUCGACGAUUUCAAAGCAAAUGCUUUCAGCUACGGAGUGAUACCAUGUCCCGGAACUGAAAUUGACUUGUUUCGAUGAUGCUUGUUUCGUUGCUGUGUUGCUACUCCAAUUAUUGAUUGCAGGAAGCGUAUUUCAGGACAAUUUUAAAAACUUCGACGAAGCGCUGCAGGCCUACAACAAGGCAUACGAGCUACUGACCGAAACCGACGAUGCUACGGAUCCACCAGCCGAGCCCCGUUUUAUUCUCUCUCAGUUGCAGUACAGGAUAGGCCUGUGCCUCAGCCACGACCUGGAGCGGAGUUGCGCUACCACCACGGAUCCACAGACGCCCGUCUCUUGCAAAGAAAUGGCAGCGCACGCCUUUUCUCUAGCGGUUCAGUUCGACUCGGACAACAGCUCGGCCAAGCACAUGCUUGCUACCGUCACCGCGGAUGCCACCAUGAAGCGUGCGGAAAACUCGUAUAUCAAGACUCUGUUUGACGACUACGCCCAGAAGUAAGUCUUUGUCGCUCGAGGAUGCCUUGCGUUGUGUUGCAUUCUAGUUCGCAGUUGUUCGAUCGAUUUUGCCUUUCGUGUUUGUGAUCUCACCAACCAUGAUACGGUGAAAAUCAAUUGCUGCUAGUUUCGAACACUCUCUCGUCGAGGAAUUAGGCUAUGAUGGAUACGCUCGGCUUCGUCGAGGCUUCGACAGAUCGUUUGGUGGCCGAGAAUCCGUUCCAGUGUUUGACACCGUCAUCGACGCAGGGUGCGGAACCGGGCUUGUGGGGGAGCAGGUUCGUAUUCGUUCCGUDGUCGAUCUUGCUGGCGUGGUUCCGUUUGCUCCCUGUUUCUGUCGCAACGCAUAACAUAUAAGCCGCAGCCCGAAGUCUUUUGUUGCUGACAAUGUUUUGCCUUUUCGAUCUUUCCCAACGCGCAGUUCCGCAAUGUGAGUUCCCACUUGAUCGGGGUGGACCUUAGCGAAGCUAUCCUCGACGAGGCCGAGAAACUCCGCCCGAAAUUGUACGACGAGCGAAUCGUAGGAGACGUGACCGAAAUCAUACGGGAGAAAAAGCCCGUGUCUCUCAUAGUCGCCGCGGAUUCCUUUAUCUACUUUGGAGACUUGGAGCCAUUGUUUGAUUCUAUUCAGGAAGGACUUGGURACAACGGCUACAUUGCGUUUACUCUGGAGAAUGUCAGCAACGAAGACGAAGCAACGUAAGUGGCCCUUCCCGAUUGUUUCCGGUAUUUGGUGCAGUGGGCGCCGCCRCAACCGGGUUUCUCGUUCGGAAGAACCAGUUGUAUUGCAUACUAACCAUUCCACCCACCAACUUUUCUAUUCUCUUGGCUGCUAUUGCACCGUGCGUUACCGAUAGUCUCGCGGAAACCAAGCCCGAUUGGAGGUGGCAACUGACCGCUUCUGGUCGUUUCGCCCAUCGCAAAGAAUAUAUUGCUGCCAUCGGCCGAUCCCAUGGCUUGGCAAUCCUCCAUUACGAAAGCCUCGACGGAUUCCGGCACGAACACGGCAAAGACGUCCGGGGUCACAUGUUUGUAAUGAAAAAAGACUCCGAGAGCAAGAAGGACGAGUUAUGAUGAUUUAGAAACAAACAUUAAUUUCGGUUACUAUUUAUCAUCGUUUUGCUGCAAUGGGUWUUCAAUCGUAGCAUCGUUCAUUGAUUUGUUAGUGCCGCAGUGCCUUCCGUUUUUGGUCUCCAGAAAAGGUGGUACGACCAAUCACCAACCCGCGUUCCCGGGAGUCGAAUGAAGAAAGACCAAAACG